AUGGAAAAUCUCCUCAGCCUCGCCUUCGAUGGCCUCUCCUCCUACGACGGCCCCAAGAUCCGUAAAGGUCUGCGCCAAGUCGAGGGCCUCCUCGCCCAGAUCUGCCUUUCGUCGCCGGCAAAGGCAAGAUCUCCGACGGCGGACGACGAGUCUCCGCAUGCCAGCGGUGGCAAGUCUCUCGCCGACUUGUCUGACGACCCGGCCUUUCGCGAGUUCUUCAAGCUGCAGGAGGGAUUCGAAUGGAACGUCGCGCUACGCCUCAUCAACACUCUCGACCGCCUGAUGGGCAAGGGCACCGACGGACAGAACGACCUUCUGAUCCUCAGCUCGCUGGAUCUGAUCCAGGGCGUCCUGCUACUUCACCCGCCCAGCAAAGCCCUCUUCUCGCGAGAGCAGAAUAUGAACCUUCUCCUUGACCUGCUCGAACCCGUCAACUGUCCCGCGAUUCAGUCUGCCACCCUCCUCACCCUUGUCACCGCCCUGAUUGACACGCCCACAAAUACCCGCGCCUUCGAGGCCCUCGACGGCCUCCUCACCGUCACCUCCCUCUUCAAGUCCCGCUCCACCGCCCGUGAGGUCAAGCUCAAGCUCGUCGAGUUCCUCUACUUCUACCUCAUGCCCGAGGUCCCCUCCAUCCCCCGCGCCGACGUCCGCGCCUCCAUCCCCGCUAUCCACCAGCGCAGCCCCAGCAAGCUCGCCGGCGCCUUCGGCAGCGCCGCAUCUACCCCCACCGCCGAUGCGAACCACACGCGGAGCCGCGCUGGCAGCGAAUCCGCCGACACCCUGACGACCGAGGAGAAGCAGGAGCUGCUGGGCCGCCACCUGAGCAACGUCGAGGACCUGGUCAGGGACUUGCGGACGUGCACGCCCUUUGGCGGUGUCGUGUGCUAG